AUGCCUGCUGGACAAGUGCCUCAUGCUGAUAUUGGACGGAGUGGCCACAGGUUUUUGGCACCAACUGUUAUCUAUGUAGUCAAGCUCAUCCACCCCUUGUUGUACCAGCUAAGCUUAUGCUAUGAAAAGGUUAAGUCUGAGAAAAAUAGGAUCUUGAAUGACACCUUUAGUUCUACCAUACUACUGAUGGAUAGGGACACACUCCCUAGUCUUUUCCAUGGCUGCCAAGUGGUGAUCAAUGAGAUUGAACACCAAAGGGCCCUCGUGAUGGAGCUACAUAACCUUAUCCUACCAACACUUGAUCCCUGUAGUAGGCAGGAGAAGCUUGCGCAGCAACUCUUUCAAGAUAUAUUCAGUUCCUCAAGUAAGGUUAUCUCCUUUCUCGAACUUGGUGAUAACAGUAAGAAACAGGCCGAUCUUAUCAAAUAUAGAAGAAAAGGUAGCAAGAAUAACGUGGAUAGUCACAUGUUGGGGGAGGAAGCUAAACAAAUUGGAAAUAAGAGAAGGAAGAAUGCACAACACACAGGUUCAGUUGUGACACAAGCACCACACUUUGAUGGAUAUCAAUGGAGGAAGUAUGGACAGAAGUGGAUCUCCAAAGCAAAGCAUUCUAGGAGCUACUAUAGAUGUGCCAAUAGUAAAGACCAAGGGUGUCUUGCAACUAAGACAGUUCAACAGAAGGAAUCAGAUGGAAGCGCUGGAACAGUGAGGUUGUUCGAUGUUGACUAUUACGGCCAGCACAUUUGCAAGAAGGAUGACAUAAUCCAUCCAUAUGUUGUUGAGACAACAAGAUAUAGUGCACCAAUUGUCAAUCAUAACCAAAGCAUUAGUGGGUCAACAGUUGUUCAUAAUGAUGUCCUUGGAAUUCAAGAUGAAAGCUUUGAAAACUUAUUCAUGGUGCCAAGCACGCCAGAAUAUUUGAUAGAUUUCACAGAUAUUGAAAUGGCAGGGGCACUUGAGGUUACCUCUAUGAUGAUCCCUGAAGAUAUAUGGGCGUAA